CCGCCGCCAUCGCGGUGACCCCGGCGGAAGCGGAAGGAGCGGGGGUGACGGAGCGGGGCCAUGGCGGCCGAGGCGGCGGAGCGGCACCUGGAGCUGCUGCGGGAGGAGCGGGAGGCAGAGCUCGCCCAGAGCAGGGCAUGGCAGGAAAGUGUCCCCCUGAAGGAGCUGCAGCGCAGAGGUGUCUGCCUGCUGAAGCUCCACGCUGCCAGCCAGAGAACCGGCCUCUAUGGGCGCCUGCUUGUGACCUUCCAGCCUAGGAAACAUGACCCGGAUGCUGAGCUGCCCUCGAACAGCUUCGGGCCUGGGGACAUCGCCGGCCUGUACGAGGCAGCCAGCCAGGGUGACGCGCUCUGCACGGGCAUCGUGACACGCGUCACCUCCAGAGCAGUGACAGUCGCCUUUGAGGACUCCCAGGACACGCUGAGCCUGGACCACGAGCGCUCCUACCGCCUGCUCAAGCUGGCCAAUGAUGUCACCUACAACAGGCUCAAAAAAGCUUUAAACGCACUGAAGCAGUAUCGGGGCGGUCCAGCCUCUGACCUUAUCGAUGUCCUCUUCUUUUCUGCUGAACCCAGAGCAUUCGGUGAAACAAAGCCUCUGCAGCUUUACAACAACUCACUGGAUGCAUCGCAGAGGGAGGCAGUCUCCUUCUCCCUGGCACAGAGGGAACUUGCCAUCAUCCAUGGACCACCUGGCACAGGGAAGACCACAACACUGGUAGAGAUCAUCCUGCAGGCAGUACAGCAAGGCCUGAAAGUCCUGUGCUGUGCCCCCUCCAACGUUGCAGUGGAUAACCUGGUGGAGAGGCUGGCCGGGCACAGCGUGCGCAUCCUGCGGCUGGGGCACCCCGCGCGCCUGCUGGAGCCCAUCCAGCGCCACUGCCUGGAUGCGGUCCUGGCUCGGGCUGACACUGCCCAGAUCGUGGCAGACAUCAGGAAGGACAUCGACCAGGCCUGUGCAAAAACCAAGAAGGCUCAAGACAAGGGGGAGCGGAGCCACUUCCUCAGUGAGAUCAAGACCCUGAGAAAGGAGCUGAAGCAGCGAGAAGAAACAGCGGUGGCUGCAGCCCUCAGCCACGCCAGCGUUGUCCUUGCUACCAAUACAGGUGCUUCCUCUGAGGGCCCCCUGAAGCUGCUUCCUGACAACCACUUUGACCUCGUGGUGAUAGAUGAGUGUGCUCAGGCGCUGGAAGCCAGCUGCUGGGUACCUCUGCUGAAGGCUCCCAAGUGCAUCCUGGCCGGGGACCACAAACAGCUUCCCCCCACCAUCAUCUCCCACAAGGCUGCUGCCCAGGGCCUUGCCCUCAGCCUGAUGGAGCGGCUCAUCGGGAGGUACGGGCAGAAGGUGGUGAGGAUGCUGACGGUGCAGUACCGCAUGCACGAGGCCAUCAUGCACUGGGCUUCCUCCGAGCUCUACGGCGGCCGCCUCACUGCGCACCCCACCGUAGCCCAGCACUUGCUCAAGGACCUGCCGGGCGUCACCUCCACAGAGGAGACCACAACUCCCUUCCUGCUUAUAGACACUGCUGGCUGUGACCUGUUUGAGCUGGAGCUGGAAGAUGAGCAGUCCAAGGGGAAUCCAGGGGAGGUGCAGCUGGCUGGUUUGCACAUCCGAGCCUUGCUGGAAGCUGGUGUGAAGGCAAAAGACAUCGCUGUGAUAGCCCCCUACAACCUGCAGGUGGACAUGCUGAGAGAGCACCUUGGCCACAGCUACCCGGAGCUAGAAAUCAAAUCAGUCGAUGGUUUCCAAGGCAGAGAGAAAGAGGCAGUGAUCCUGUCGCUCGUGAGAUCCAACAGGAAAGGUGAGCUGGGCUUCCUGGCCGAGGAGCGGCGGCUGAACGUGGCGGUGACGCGCGCCCGGCGCCACGUGGCCCUGCUCUGCGACGCGGGCACGGUGUGCAGGCAGCCCUGCCUGCAGCGCCUGCUGGCCCACGCCGCCCGCCACGGCCUCGUGCGCUCGGCCUUCGAGUACCUCGGAGACCUCGUGCCCCAGAGCCGCCCCCCGGAGGGGCCGCGCGGGCGGCACCGGGGGACAAAGCCGCCUGCGGGAGCCAGCCCCGAGGCGCAGGCACGGCCCGCGGGGAAGCGCGGGGCAGCAGCAGCCGGAGCAGCGCGGCCGCAGCCAGGAGCGGCGCGGAGCAGCGGUGCCCCUGGGAGGGAGAGCCCCGAGGCAAGAGGGGGCGCUGAGCGCCUAAGGGCCGCGCUGGAGGCCUUCCUGGGGAGCAGGGAGGUGCAGCUGGAUUUCCCCCCGACCCUCAGCGCCCACGAUCGGAUGCUGGUUCAUCAGAUGGCCGAGGAGCUGGGGCUGCAGCACGGGAGCACCGGGGAGGGCAGGGACCGGUUCAUCAGCGUCCGCAGGAAGGAGCCCCCGGAGCCUGCGCUGCCUGCAGCCACCUUUGCCGGGGAGCAGCAGCCCCUUCCUCGGCCCCGGCGUCCCAGCAGCGAAAGCCCUGUCCCCGCUGAGCCGGGAGGGAGCAGCCAGGGCACGGGGAAAGUGGACCUGAAAGCCCUGCACCUCGAGAGGGUACAGAGGGAGAAAGGCAGGCGGGAGGAGGCAGCGAGGAAGACUCAGGAGCCCAAGGCCAGCAGCAGGAGGAAGGACAAAGGUGAAGGCAAAGGCAAGCCAGCAGAGGCAGAAGAAGACCUCGACGCCCUGAUCUCUGCUGCCGUGAAAGCUGACAGCACGUGUGGCUUCCCCCGCUGCACAGCCAGCCUCGCCACCCUGGGCCAGCUCUGCCACCACUGCCACCGCCGCUUCUGCCUCAGCCACCACGUCCCCGAGGCUCACGGCUGCGGGGACAAGGCCAAGGCGCAGGCGCGGCAGCGCAGCAGCAGGGAAGGGCUCCUGUACCCCGGGGGCGGCUCCCUGGACCCGGCCAGGAGAGCCCUUCUCCAGCGGCGCCUGGACAAGAAGCUCAGCGAGCUCACGAGCCAGAGGAAGAGCAAGAAGAGGGACAAGGAGAAGUGAAGGAGCUCGACAGCCUCCGUUAA